GAAGGGGGGGGGGGGGGAGUGGACAACCUCUUCAAACCGUCCCGGUUUUUACCGGGGAGUUGUCGUCAUCAGGACCCCAGAUGUCCCCCCCUUUGCUCCCUGAAUGGAUAGGGCAGUCUUGGUCUAUGCAGUUCAGUGCAGGCCAAAAGACUGAAAACAACUUGUGAGUGAGUAUCCGUCAGUUUGGCGUCUAGAGGGAAACGCUCAGAAAUGCCCGGCUGCUUCGCUGGAGCUCAGCUCUGAGGACUUUUCUCCAGCAUUUUUGCUUUUCCAGGAGGAAGAACUCUGCUCUAAGUUUGCAGCAGAAAGUAAAACUUGGCAGCUCUCACAUUACAGCCCUCGCUAUGGAUUGUAUGUAUUUAUUGAUGUGCUUUUCACUGAGUCAAAUAUUUCUGGAGCAUAUUUUCGCUGCAAAAACCCAUGAAAAUCUCUCUGGAAAGUUAAGUGAAUAUGGUCUUAUCGUGCCAUUCAGCACAGACUCCCGUGGCCGGUACAUUUCUCAUGUGGUCUCUGCUGGAAUUGGAAGUAAAGGUGCUGCUGCUCCUUCUCCUGAUGCUGUCUCAGUCUUUGGCAGCAGAAGAAGGGUGGCCCGCGGUGCCCCUGAGAUGCCCUCAGUCACCUCAGCCUCGGCUCAGCACUUAUUUUUUAAUGUUACUGUGUUUGGGAAAGAACUGCACCUCCGCCUGAGGGCCAACAGGAGGCUGGUGGCCCCAGGGGCUUUUGUAGAAUGGCAAGAGGACUUUAAGGAAAAGGCCAAGGAACACAUCCAAGGGGACUGUGUUUUCACUGGAGAUGUGACUGACAUGCCAGAGGCUUCUGUGGCUAUCAGCAAUUGUGAUGGACUGGCAGGCCUGAUCCGGACUGAUAAUGGAGAGUUUUUCAUUGAACCCCUUGAGAAGGGCCAGCAGGAUGUGGAAGUGAAGGGGCGUGUCCACGUGGUCUACCGCAGAUCAGCCAUCAAGCGGGAGACAGGCCAGCAGAGGGAAGACCUCCACAAUGAAGUGGCAGACAUUGGAAUUGCAGCCCUCCCUGCAGCUCUGGAUCUUGUUGAACAUAAACUUUCUGAGUCUGAGCGUAAGAGGAGGCAUGCGAAGAAAGAUGACUACAACAUCGAGGUGCUGCUGGCUGUUGAUGACUCGGUGGUCCGCUUCCACGGCAAAGAACAUGUCCAGAAUUAUGUUCUGACGCUCAUGAACAUCGUUGAUGAAAUCUACCACGAUGAAUCUUUGGGGACGAACAUCAACAUUGUCCUUGUUCGUAUGAUAAUGGUGGGGUACCGGCAGUCUGUAAGCCUGAUCGAGCGUGGCAACCCAUCUCGCAGCCUGGAGCAGGUGUGCCGAUGGGCCAACACGCAGCAGCGCCGCGACCCUGACCACGCCGAGUACCACGAUCACGCCAUCUUCCUCACAAGGCAAGAUUUUGGUCCCGCAGGGUAUGCUCCAGUGACAGGGAUGUGCCACCCACUGAGGAGCUGCACUCUGAACCACGAGGAUGGCUUCUCCUCAGCCUUUGUCGUUGCUCAUGAGACUGGCCAUGUGUUAGGUAUGGAGCAUGAUGGCCAGGGGAAUCGUUGUGCUGAUGAGACCAGCAUGGGCAGUAUCAUGGCACCACUUGUCCAAGCAGCUUUCCACCGCUAUCACUGGUCACGUUGCAGCAAGCAGGAGCUCAAUAGAUACAUCCACUCCUAUGACUGCUUGCUGGAUGAUCCAUUUGAACAUAAGUGGCCUAAGCUUCCUGAGCUACCUGGAAUAAAUUAUUCAAUGGAUGAGCAGUGCCGCUUUGAUUUUGGUGUUGGUUAUAAAAUGUGCACCGCUUUUCGAACCUACGACCCUUGCAAGCAGCUGUGGUGCAGCCACCCUGACAACCAGUACUUUUGUAAAACUAAAAAAGGUCCUCCAGUGGAUGGAACAGAGUGUGCACCGGGAAAGUGGUGCUUCAAGGGUCACUGCAUCUGGCGAUCCAGCCAGGAGCCUCAGGGACAUGAUGGAAGUUGGGGCUCCUGGUCAAAGUUUGGCUCUUGCUCCAGAACAUGUGGAGGUGGCGUUCGCUCCCGCAGCAGACAGUGCAACAACCCUCCGCCCGCCUACGGUGGUAGAGAUUGCCCUGGUUCUACAUUUGACUAUCAGAUGUGCAACACAGAGGAGUGCGCUGGCCCUUACGAGGACUUCCGUGCUCAGCAGUGCAUCCAGAGAAGCAACAAAUACCACAAAAACAUCAAGCACACCUGGCUGCCGUUUGAGCACCCAGAUGAGGCCCGUAAAUGUGAGCUGAGCUGUCAGUCGAAGGAAACGGGGGAGGUGGUAUUCAUGAACCAGGUGAUGCAUGAUGGGACACGAUGCAGCUACUUAGACCCUUUCAGUGUUUGCGCUCGAGGAGAGUGUCUGCAUGUAGGCUGUGACAAGGAAGUUGGCUCUUACAAACAAGAGGAUAAAUGUGGAGUGUGUGAAGGAGACAACUCUCACUGCCGCACUGUGAAGCUGACACUCACCAAGACUCCCAAAAAGAAUGGAAUGCUGAAAAUGUUUGACAUCCCAAUAGGAGCCCGCCACAUAGUCAUUGAAGAGAACGAGACCUCCCCUCAUAUAAUUGCUGUGAAGAAUCAAGUAACUGGAAACUUCAUACUGAAUGAAAAAAGUGAAGAUGCUAAAUCGAAGACCUUCAUUGAAAAUGGUUUACAGUGGGAGUAUUCUAUCGAGGGUGAGAAGGAAACAUUGAAAACCGCCGGCCCUCUGCAUGAAGGCAUUGUAGUUCUGAUCAUUUCUCAGGAAGAAGAUGCCAAAGUAAGCUUAACAUACAAGUACAUCAUACAUGAGGACCUGCUACCACUUAUUACCAACAACAAUGUUCUUCUUGCUGAACUGGACACGUAUGAGUGGGCACUGAAAAGCUGGUCUCAGUGCUCCAAACCCUGUGGGGGAGGCAUACAGUACACAAAAUAUGGAUGCAGGAGGAAAAGUGACAGCCGUUUGGUGCAUCGUAACUUUUGUGAAACCAGCAAGAAGCCCAAACCCAUACGUAAACGCUGCAACACCCAGGAGUGCAGCCAACCCAUAUGGGUGGUGGAAGAGUGGAGUCCCUGCAGUAAGACCUGCGGGAAGCUCGGCUACCAGACCAGGAUGGUGCAGUGUAUGCAGGCACUCCACAACGGCACCAACAGAGUGGUCCACAGUAAACACUGCACUGAAGAUCGUCCAGAGAUGAGGAGAACCUGCAACCAUACUGCAUGUCCCGCCCAGUGGAGGACAGGGGCGUGGUCUCAGUGCUCAGUGACCUGUGGCGAAGGCAUUCAGCAGAGGCAGGUGGUAUGCAAAGCCAGUGACAACACCAUUGGGGAAUGUGAAGGCGAGAAACCGGAAACAGUCCUUAUUUGCAAAUUAGGACCAUGUCCAGGACAGCCAGGGUCUUCUUUCAAUGCACAAACAAUGGAAAACUCUACAAUAAAAGAUGAAGCUGUCUAUCAAAGGGUUCCGGAAAACCCUGUCCAGAAAAUCUCCUCAAAUGAGCCGUGUCUGGGGGAUAAAUCGAUUUUCUGUCAAAUGGAGGUUCUUGCUCGGUAUUGUUCCAUCCCCGGAUAUUAUAAGCUUUGCUGUGAGUCUUGUGACAAGAAAGAAAGCCUCACUACCCAUGUUCCUGACUUUCACAAUACUCCAGUAGCCUUAGCUGAACCUGACACCUCAGCUCUUUCUUAUCCUGCCUCUCCCAAGACAUUUCACAUCUCCACAACACAAACCCCGCCAAAAACCACUAAAGCCAUCACUCGACGGGUUCCUCUCGCUGCUCCGACGCCAACUACAGCUGCCACUGCUCAAGCGUCACCGCAGACAAAUGCUGCUCUGCCCCAGCAUCCCACCAGCGACUGUUUCCUCACUGCUGGGAAGAGAGAUUCAGAUGCUGGGCCUGUUCUACCUCCGGGGCCACCACAGCCUACAAGAGACUCAAGUGGAGGUGCCUCUAAAGAGCACAGCCCAAACAGCACUUUAGGCCCAGCUGCUGCCAGAUCAAGAAGGGACACUUUAGGAUCAGAGAGGGACUCCAGUCACAGAAACCUGUCAGCUCAGAAAUAAACAGUGAGCAAUGUUGUGAAUGUGCUGUUAAGUGAAAUGGUCUCAAACAUCAGCACACCCUUUGCAGUAUGUGAUUUACUCAAAGUUUUGCUGCAGAUAUUUCUUUUUUUUUUUAUUAUUAUUUUUCUGUCCAUGUCAGUGAACUUAGACCAGCCCAGUGAUGGUUACCUCAUCAAAACUCCGGAGCGAUCUGCGUGCGGCGUCGCUCGGCCAUCUGCGCUUCAAAUAUGAAACGGAAGAGAAAAAAAAAAAAAGUUCAAACAAAGGUGCUGUAAACUAAAACGACUACAAGACUUGUUCAAAAUGUGAUGACUGCAUUGCUACAUUCAUGUUUUUAUCUGUGUACAGUUGUGUAAACCUGUUUUUUUUUUCCAAGUGCAUUAGAACUACUAUUAAACUCGUGAACAUAAGGAGGUCAUAGAUUAUGGUGCAUGUGCCAGCUAUGGGGUCUGGAGUGUGCUGCUAGAAUAAUUAUAGACCUUAUAUUUUUAUUAUAGAACUGCAUUUUGAAGACAAAAAAAUUCUUAUUAUCCUAACUGACAGAAUUACAUAACAGCUGUGGUUCUGAAAUUAAAAAAGCCCCAGCAAAAGAAGUAAUCAACAACAACAAGCAAUCUCUUUUGCGAGUGUCGCGGGCCCCUAUAGGCAGCAUUAACCUAGUGUUUUUUAUUUUCCGAUGGUGAUAAAGAAGCCACACCAGAAUAUUGAUAGCUAAAUUUCUAAGAGUGUAAAAAUUCAGAGACAGAAUUUGCUAUCAAAAUAUCAGCUGUUUAGUGACAGACAUCCACAUGUUGUGAUAACCACCUACACCACCAUCAUUACCUUAUAAAGAGGCAUAGGGACCUUGUAUAACAUUGAAUGAAGCAAUUCAGUGCGUUAAUGUGAACACAGACAGAGAGUGAAGAACGAGCUGACAGAGACCAAAGUCCUAAUAGAAGCAGUUAUUCAAGUGGUUAUUUUUAAGCUCUCAUAUAAAUGAAUGGGGGAGGAGAUAUAACUUUAUUUAUGAUCAUCAAAUGCACAUAAAACUGCAUGCAUUAAACAGCAAGUCAAAUCAUACAAACAAAAAUAAAGAAAAACAACCCCAAAAUAGAUUUCCUGCUAAGUAUAUGUAAUCUGUGCAAACUUUACUCUGGCCUACCAAAUUCCAUGCUAAUUCCAAUUAGAGGUACAGUAUCCAUCUAUUCAUUUUCUACCACUCUUCCAAGUCCAGGUUGCAGGGGCAGCAAUCUAAGCAGAGAAGCACAAACCUCCCUCUCCCUGGCCACCUCCUCCAGCUCAUCUGGAGUCCCACAAGCUAACCAACCCUGAUAUGACUCCUUUUUCAGCUUGACAGCUUCCUUCACCUCCAGUGUCUAUCUUGUGAUUCAGGGAUCACUGCCACAACAGGCACCAACCACCUUGUGGCCACAGCUCUGUAUAGCUACAUCAGCAAUGGAGAUGCGGUGUUCCCAGCCUCGCUUGGAAUGCUGUCAAACUUCUGCCAGAGCUGGGGAUUGAAGAUGCACUGGGGCCUCUGCCAGAUGUUCCCAGUGGACCCUAAACUAAAUGUCCGUGCUUGCAGGAUAAUCCCACACCGUGUAAGCCAAUUCACCACAAGGUGAUGAUCAGUUGUCAGCUCAGCUCCUCCCUUCACCUGAGUGUCCAAGACAUGCGGUCACAGAUCCAAUGAUAUGAUUGCAAACAAACCACAGGCUAGGAGCUUCAUGACCUAGGCUCGUAGCAGCUCCUCUAGGUGUAAUGUGUAGGUGGCCUGGUACUUUUGGCCGUGUAGAAUAGUGUACCCAUUUAUUUACUGUGGUAGCGAUUAUAUUUUCCUGCUACCACAUAAGCGGAAACUCUCCCAGACCACUACUAUACCCAUGUAUCAGUACAACAACAAGACUGACUCAUGUUUCCGAGUUUGUCUGUUCAUUGAGCCUUUGAGUGCAGGCCUGGGUCUGGCUGCAUUUGGGGAGUUUUGCUAGUGAUUUCUAUUAAAGAUUCUUCAAGUGCCAUGUCUUUUGCUUAUAAUGUCCCUGCAGACAAACAUCAGGAGCAUUAUGUGAAAGCCAUGGCACAGAAAUUGCUUCAUUGUUAUGGCUAAGCUACUAGCGAACAGUAUAUUACCCAAACUUUGCAAUGCAUACAACUAUCAGCUAUUGAACCUUUUUUUUUUUUUUUUAAUUUACGAAGACCAUUUUCUGUAGGCAUGAAUGGCAUCCUAUGUAUCAAUAUAGGUUGAGUAAUGACAGUAGAGAAAUAGCUUGAUAAGUACACAUAUAUAAGAUGUGUUAAUUAGCCAUUUGCUCAGGUUGCUUAUGAGCUGCUAAUCCUUGCUUAACCAGUCUGGUUAAAACUGUACUGUUUUAAGAUAAUUCAGGUACAGAGCGAACUGGAAUUAAAAUACUUGACUUGAUUUGAAACCAAAUAAACCAAAAAUGAUUAAAAAAAACAAGUAUGUAAAAAUAGAAACUGAGUUCAGGGCGUCAUGACGCCAAACUAUUAAAUAACUGCCAGAUUAUCAGAUGUUUUUACAUUUCUAUUUUUUUUUUGCCUGCUUUUUUAUUUGAAAUUGAAAUGGCUUCUUAUUAAAUAUACAAAUAAGACAAUGGUAUUGAUCUUAUUACCGUACUGAUCACAAUCAAGCACUUGUGAAGACUACAGUUAUCCUAGAGGCACCCUCCAAACCUCACGCCGUCACUCUUAGCAGGAAGCUUAGUGGCUUCUCCAUCCCUGUUGCUCUUUUUUUGGUGUCCAACUUACCGCUGAUUAUCCUCACUGAUAAGAAAAAAAAAUCAUGACUGUUUUGCAGGCCAACCCCCACUGUAGUUUUCCCUCUGUUUUUGUGGACAUCAGUCAGUUAAUGCUUUAAAAUGCUUUUCUGAAUUAUAACGCAUUAUAUUUUUUUGUAACUGACGUCUUUCAGAUAAUGUACAUAGUGUAAAUUUCAAGUUGACAUGAAAAGUUGCGUUGCAAUUGCAAAAUACAGGCGAUACUGUCUACACACUGUGGUUGGUCGUACUGUUACACCGGUCCUGCAUUGCGGUUCAUAACGUCACUAUUUUUAUUGUAUAAUUCUUGUAUAUACGUACCUAAAUGAAAGCUUUAAUGUUAAUAUUUAUUGAAUUUUUAAGUGGUAUGGUGAACAAAGUAAAACACAUUUGAAAGAUUUUGCUUUUUUUGUCUUUCCUCUGCUAAUCUCCAUCGACUGUUGCUAUAUUUAACUUUGAUCUUUUUUAGUCCACUGAGUGACU